GGAGAGAGUUAGAGAGGCUACGUUAAGAUGGUACUAGCCUCUCGAUAGGACGGGCUAAUGCUGUCGAUGGCUCCGAAAUUCCAUCCCGUAUACAAGGUUAGAUCCAAGAUCGCCUUCCCUGAUCCCCACAUGCCACCCGGCCGCCUGCACCACGAUAUAUUCGUCGAAACCGACCCUGAAGGCACUGGUCACCUGUACACCGUUGUCGGCGACAUCACCUCGAGAGGUGGCAUGGUUUACGCGAGCAAGAAGGCUGCCAACCCCCUAGGCUCGGAGUCUUUCCACUCGCGGGAGCUACUAGGUUACACUCCUAGCGACACCCACCCCGACGAGUGGGAUUCCGUCCUCGGCUCGCUGCCGACCCCGCCUCAGCAGAAGGCACCCAAUCCUGCGAGGCACGGCCGGGUCGAACCGUUCAAGCAAAAAAUCAGCGACUACGAAUACGUCUUUUACGAAUCCGGAGAAGAGCACCGUCCACUGUGGAAGUGCACGGAGUGGAUUGAGCAGUAUGCAAUUCCGACCCUACGGAGCAAAGGUACCUACAACUUCUUCGACUUUCAGUAG